AAUGUAGAUUUUGGCGUUCGGCAAAAUUCGUAGUCAUCUGCUUUUUGACAAACCGUAUUUGACGAACUCGGCUUUUUGAAUUCCCAAUUUGGCAUUUUCACCUUCAUAAACAUUACUGCUGGUAGCUUUGUUUACCAUUGGACGAUCCCUCGGAGGAGCACUGGGCUCGUCAAGUCACGCUACAAUUACGCUCCGAUCGCUAUUGGCGAGCCACUAAAAGUGAAAUUUUUCGCGCAAAGCAUGACGGUAAGACGCGUCCUCCUCCCUUCCCUACGUACACUCACUCCAUAGCAUGGGUAGGAGAAGGGUCACGCCAUAGCUUGGUACGGUACAGUCACGUUAUAACAUGGCUACGUUACAGUCACGCCAUAGCAUAGGUAUGGUACGGUCACGCCAUAGCAUGUCAACGGUAGGUUACGCCAUAGCAAAUGUACGGCACGGUCACGCCAUAGCAAAGGUACGGCACGGUCACGCCAUAGCAAAGGUACGGCACGGUCACGCCAUAGCAAAGGUACGGCACGGUCACGCCAUAGCAAAGGUACGGCACGGUCACGCCAUAGCAAGGGUACGCUACGGUCACGCCAUAGCUUGGGUACUUCACGGUCACGCCAUAGCAUAAGUACGGCACGGUCACGCCAUAGCUUGGGUACGGUACGGUCACGCCAAUAGCAUGAGUACGUUAAGGUCACGUCAUAGCAUGGCUACGGUACGGUUAGUGUAAUUGAUCUGUUUGUGUCUGUGUUUUGAUAAAUGUCACACUUCCGCAAGAAUUCCAAGAAAUCAUACAGCGGCACAGAAAACAACAAGCCUGCCUCGUCAUGGAAUUUUACAUCGAAAACCGUUCUUGGACAUGCAUUUCAGCCAGCCAUGGAGACUGUAUCGGGAAUUUCAGUAAAAGGUUUAUCGAACGAGCAGCGUUGGCCACCGAAGUAAUAACAGUCUCCCUUGCUUUGCUGUUCUACCUCCUCCUACUUGUCCUGACCGCACUCUCCGUUUGUACUCGCUGUUGCAGUAAGCUCCUUUCUCUUCAAACCACAUCCAUCUUUUUCCUCGUCGGUGGUUUAAUGGUCUCGGUGAAUAUCUUCACCAACGAGAAUACCCUUUUGAUCAAAUUGGUCUAUCGAAUAGCGGCAGGAUCUGUGAUAGGCAUCGCCUUUAUGAUUGUUGGGGUGUACAUGUUAUUCGAGAAGCCCCGUGGUUGUACGGAAGACUGCCGCCCCGGCCCAUCUCAGCCUUGUAGUCAGAAUCACCACCCGCCUAAAACCUUAGCAAGCCAGCAGCCAUCCAUGGGUCUAGUGGUUUCCAUCAUUACGACCCCUUUGUUGAUCAUCGAGCUCUUCCUUAUAUUCGGGACGCAAGCCAAAACCGAAACCGAUUCCUACUUGAACUCGGUACCAUUGAUCAUGGCAGACAAAAGCAUCUACAUGGUUCAAAAGUUUAUCCAAGUUGUUGUCUACGUAGCGAUGAGGAGUCAAGUAAUCCGCGAAAACUAUAUCAGUGAAGCCCAGUUCUUUUUUAAGGGUUUAGCAUUCUUCAAUGUUGCUGAGUGGUUGGACUCGAUGGUGAACGUUGACCAAGAUCUUCAGCUCAGCAAAGCAGAGACGGUGUAUGGUUCCGCGUUUGACAUGGUCAUCAUGCUCUAUAAAGCUCUGGUUAUCGAUUACCGACUCCUUUGCGCUCUGCUGUUCUUGGAGCACGCCGUUGAGGCUGAAGACGAGAGCGAUGACGAAGAUGCGGCGUCGAGUGACAUAGAGGUGGAGCAGUCAGACCUGUUAUCAAGCAGGGGGGGCCUCACUAGCUCUGGUAUUAUCAUAAGGGCACCCUCGAAUACCGAUCGUCAAUAUAGGAACGCAGGCUUUGUUGUGGGGUGCCUGACUGUGUUCGUGCACGCCAUUUGUCUUGCUAGCAACUUCAAGGAACUGAGUCUAGGACCUUGGUUGAACGUUUUCUCAGUCGUUGUGGAUUGCUUUGUGUUCAUGUGCGGCGUUCUGCUUAUCAAGUUCAACGACUUCCACUCACGAAUUAAAAAAUACUGCAAGGGAAUGGUCAUAAUGGUUUGUUGCCUCGGUGUUGUUGGUCUCGCGACAUAUAUAAUAAAAUCUGGUCUUUCGUUAUUCUGGUACUUGGAGGGCGCCUUUGAAGUAGACUACUUUGGGUGGGUCGCUCUCAAGUACUUCUCCCGCAGCUUGGCUGCCAUAUUUCUGAUGUAUCUGUUCGCUAAAGUGAGCUGUGCAGAUUUUCUUUCUGAGACUGGGUGUAUGCCAGUGUCCGCCAAUUACUUCCUGGUCCCUGCGCUGGUGAUGGGCACCCUGUCUGAGUUUGUAGGCGCGGCGGUGGACCAAUACGUUGGUCCUUUGGAUAACACCAUCAGUUGCGUGAUCAACGAGACGAGUUUGGACGUGCUGUUUCAAGCGGGUCCCGCCAUGCACCUGGGGUUUUGUCUCCACGUGUUCUUAUGUUUCCUCAUCCUGCAAACGAGGAUGGGGCGUAUCAAGGUGCGCGUAAUGUUACAAACAGAAGACGAGAGAAGGUUGUUACUGCCCAGGGCAACGGGCGCCAGGGGAAUGACCAGCUAUUCCCUUUCGGAGAUCUAGUCGUGUAGAUUCUAAGCAGCUAUUAACUCGGGUGCCCAGUACUUUUUAAAAGCUCGCUUAAAAAAAGCGCAAAAAUUUCCACGUUCGUAACAGAGAUUUUCUUGCGCUGCGCAUAAUGCUUUAUGCCUUGCCCGCGUCGCACGCGUUUUGGGGGAUUAUCACUUCUUCCUAUGUCAUUAUUAUAUCUAAGACUUUGGUCUUCUUAUUCCUUUUUUAUUUUACUGUAUAAUCCAUUUUAUAUAGCUCGAAAUUUUUAUUAAAAGUCAUCAUCGUGUGUUGUUUCUUUACCCUGCCGAUGGUUACCAAGCAAAAGCGAAGCUCCGUGCCUUUGUUUAUUAUCCUUUGCAUAGUUCCCUAUAAUUAUAUCAAUGUAAAAAAGUAAUAAAAAUACAUAACAAUAUAUCCAUUUUUGGCGUCCAUUGGCUGGAUGGCGGUAAUUGUAUACUUGCGUUUCUUUCUAACCACCGGAUGAGAACAUCAAUUUUAGUGAUUCGUGAUUGUCGUUGAAAAGACAGUUUGUCAACAAAAAUGAGCCACCUGUAAAGUAUUUAUAGAUAACUACAGAGUAUGAACAGAUUAAUAAUAAAUGUGAUGGACAUCCAAA